CACCGCGCCAUCGCGAGAAAAAUAAAGAAGAGAGGUCGACGUGUACACUGGUGGAGUGUCUAUAUAUAUCUCCCGGGACGGACGGGCUCAUUGCAGAGUUCGACAAAAAAAAUUCAAGCAGUCAUCGUCCUUACUCCACCAGGAUGCCGGCGCAGAAGGUGGUCUUGAAGGUCUCCUCCAUGAGCGAUGAGAAGGUGAAGCAGAAGGCAAUGGAAACUGUUGCGGAUAUCUACGGAAUCGAUUCGAUAGGCGCUGAUCACAAAGAGCAGAAGAUGACUGUAAUCGGUGACAUGGACCCCGUUGAGAUCGCCAAGAAGUUGAAGAAGUUCGGGAGGAUAGACAUAGUCUCGAUUGGCCCGGCAAAGGAUGAGAAGAAGGAUGACAAGAAAGGGGGAAAGAAGUGAUAAGCGGCUUCGUCCCUGGCACCUCCUUGGAUGCCCCUGAUUCUCCUUUUAGGAUGAACAUGCAUGGCAGAACUUAAUUAGGUUUUGCUUACUAGUAAUGUAGUGUGUUGGUGUACACAGUCUCUCAUCUGGCUGGGUAUAUGCAAGUGUAUGGUUAUAAAUUAAGUGCACUUGUGCAAGGAAGAAGAAGAAGAGGAAUAAUGAGCCACUUCUAGGUUCAUGGACUGCAUCUGCCAGUAGAGUUAAGCCACGUUUGGCACGGCUUCGGCCAGCUCCGGCUUCAUCUGGUGCGGGUAUUGUCGAUCACUAUAGGAGUAUUGUAUAACUCUGUUGAUAGCUGUAGUAUCAAGCUGGAACGGAAACCAAUGCGGAAAAUGAACUAGCAAGGGGGUGAAGUCGGCUUCACCCCCUUAAGCUACUGCUAAUUAAAAUUGAGGAGGUGAAAUGAUU